AUGAAGCACAAUGCAGUCAGUAUGAGACGCCGUAUUAUCAUCAUACGUCGUUUCAUGGUGUCCAUAGCUCGUCCUCCACGACAAUAUUUUACAUGGGAUGGACAACCGCUAGACGAAUCUGCAUGGAAUCAAACCGAAAGGCUUAAUGAAGUAUGUGGGAGAUUGAACGAUGUGCGGACAGAUGAUGAACCUGAGCACGAAGCUGAAGGCUCGGUUGCAUCAGGAGACGAUGAUGAUUCUGAUGACGAAGAAUUUGACCCUGCGCUCGAGGUGGGCACUACUUCUGAUGCCUCUGAGGAUUUAUUAGACGACGAUCUAAUCGAUUUCACGGAGACCGAGCGAGCAGGUUGGAUCCGACAAAGUACAACACGUGACGGAGAUCCGACAGUCGAGACCGGUGAUCUAACUAAUUGGUUAGUUCCCUUGAUUCCAGUGGACGCCUCGGCUUCGCUGGUUGCUCGCGAGAGUGACCCUUCUAGAGUUGAUGAUCUGCAGAAGAAUUCUUUUUACAACAGCAAAGACGACCUGAUCAUUGCUGUUGGUUUGUGGAACAUGAAGCGAGGCACUGAGACAAAAGUUGUCCGCUCAGAUCCGGGACGAGUCUAUUUCUCGUGCAAGCACUCUGACAACUGCAAUUUCGAUCUUCGUGCGUCUAGUCACGGCCGAGGGAUGUGGAGAGUGCAUAAGUUGAAAGAGCAUUCAUGCGAAGGGGACUUGCGCACAGCUAAAAAAAUCAAGGCGCACUCGAAGGUGGUGGUAGCGUUUGUGGCAAACAGAAUACGCGAUGAUGGAGAGGUCAUUAAGCCGAAAUCCAUCAUGGCUGAGUUAGUACGCGAUUUCGGCAUCAAAAUCAAAUAUGAUGUCGCGCUGCGUGCAAGAAAUCUCGGGAUGGAUAUGAUAUGCGGUCGAGUUGAUGAUUCGUUCCUCCUGCUCCCAAGAUAUCUGUAUGCCCUGAAGGAAGCGAAUCCUGGCACCUUAUAUGAUUUGGAAGUAGAUGUAGACUGCCGGUUCAAACAUUUGUUUGUUGCUCUGUGGGCUUCCAUCUCACCUUUCUACUUUCACCUUCGACCAGUGAUUGUGGUUGACGGCACACACCUGAAGGGCAAAAAUAGUGGCAUUUUGUUUGUCGCCGUGACAAAAGACGGAAACGAGGCAGUUUUUUCCCUUGGCGAUCGGUGUCGGUCCGAUCGAGAAUGA